UGUUUACAUACUCUACUUUAGUCCACAGUAAAAACAGCAAACCACUAUGUACUGGGAAGAACGGCUAACUACAAAACCACAGGAAGAAUAUCGUCAUCGGGGAAUCUAGCCUACGACUAGGCCGCUUCUCAUUCUCAAUGUCACACCGGCCCCGAAUCCAUUGGCUUCGACUCAACCGAGCAACGGACUCAACUCGUCCUGAUUUACCCGUAUUACGUUCACUCGUUCGGGCAGCAUCGAGGCUACCAGUACCGAGUAACGACCGGUGGGCUACGACCAACCCACGGGCCACGGGCCACGGCCCCUCUAUCCACAGUCCACAGUCCACAGUCCACAAUGCGCACCGUUGCUCUGCUAACGUAACCCACCAUCCCCCCCUCCCAUCCCUCGGUUCAGGUACAGUGCCUACUGGGAAACUGGAACCAGUGAUAGAGUCGCCUCCCGAGUCAUUUGCUCAGCCAGGUACCAAUCGUUCUGCCGCAGAUGUGAUGAGAAACCGUUUGAAGAAAGACAUCACGAACACCCAGAAGUUUAGCCCUGCCACGCGGGUUUUGUCGGGCUGCGACGUUUACCGUAUAGUGUCGGUAGGUACUAGGGUACUAGGUCAGUUAGAGGGGUCAGUUUGAGCCGUUAAUCGAUAGGCUACCGAUAACCGAUGGGAACUGGCCGCCCCACCUUUCCCUCCUCCAUCCAUGGGAUCUAUCGCUAUCAUCCAUCAGAAAUCCUAUCGCUUCUUGCCUUCAGAUACCGACCACCACUGCUUUUUGUCUCUCCCGUUCGGCA